GUAAAGCACAACAAGUGUGCGCAAAUCGGGCAGGUCACACAGAUCGGAAUAAUCACGCGCUCAGGAAGCGGUCAUGGCCAGACGCGACAGGGUGACACAUUUACUGAGGCAACUCGCCGUUCAGGCGUGCAGAUGUCCUGCUCAUUCUUCCACACAUUCGGGUUACAUCUCUCAGCCAGAUCCAGGACAUGUCUGUGGAAGAAAAACUGACUAUGCUUUUGAGAUGGCUUGCUCCAAUGUCAGAUAUGGAAGAGGUGUGACCAGAGAGAUCGGCAUGGACUUGCAGAAUUGGGGCGCACAAAAUGUGUGUUUGAUGACAGACAAGAACUUGUCCACGCUGCCCCCAAUAACAGCAGUGUUGGACUCACUUACCAGACAUGGUGUGAAGUAUGAAUGCUAUGACAGUGUGAGGGUAGAACCUACAGAUUAUAGCUUUAAAGCAGCAAUUGAUUUUGCGAAGAAAAGAGAUUUUGAUGCUUAUGUAGCUGUGGGUGGUGGCUCUGUGAUUGACACCUGUAAAGCUGCCAAUCUUUAUGCAUGCCACCCGGAGGCUGACUUCCUGGAUUUUGUCAAUGCACCAGUUGGUAAAGGAAAGCCAAUAACCAAAUCACUGAAGCCUCUUAUUGCAGUUCCCACUACAGCAGGUACAGGAAGUGAGACCACAGGUGUAGCAAUAUUCGACUUUGAAGACAUGAAGGCCAAAACUGGCAUUGCAAAUCGAUCACUGAGGCCCACUUUGGCAGUGGUGGAUCCACUGCACACACUGCACAUGCCAGACAGGGUGGCUGCCAACAGUGGCUUUGAUGUACUCUGCCAUGCUUUGGAAUCCUACACUGCUUUGCCGUAUAACAUGAGGAGUCCAUGUCCCACCAACCCCAUAGCCCGUCCUGCUUAUCAAGGCAGCAACCCAAUCAGUGAUGUCUGGGCAAGACAUGCCCUCUGCAUAGUGGCCAAGUACUUAAAAAGAGCGGUGCGUAAUCCAGAUGAUGUAGAGGCGCGCUCCAGCAUGCACCUGGCAAGUGUGUUUGCUGGAAUUGGCUUUGGUAAUGCGGGAGUUCACUUAUGUCAUGGAAUGUCAUAUCCUAUUUCUGGGAACAUCAAAAUCCAUAAAGCUAAAGGAUACAGAGUGGACCAUCCCUUAGUGCCUCAUGGCCUCUCUGUGGUUCUCACAUCUCCUGCUGUGUUUGCCUUCACCGCCUGUAUGUGCCCAGAGCGACACCUAGAGGCAGCAGAGAUACUAGGCGCUGAUGUAAGAAAUGUGAAGACAGAAGAUGCUGGACGUGUGUUGGCAGACAUUCUGAGGAACUUUCUGUAUGACCUUGAGGUGGAAGAUGGCUUAUCUGAAAUUGGUUACAGUAAAGAGGACAUUCCCGGGUUGGUGAAGGGAACUAUUCCUCAGGAGCGGGUGACAAAACUUGCACCAAGAUCUCACACUGAAGAGGAUCUCAGUCAUUUGUUUGAAGCAUCCAUGAAACUCUACUAAACAUGCAAAAAGAUUAGCUAUGUUUUAGUGCAACAGCAGACAUGACCCUCGUUAUAAAGUCUUAGGCUAUAACCACAGCUCACAAGUUAGCUAUCACAAAAUACCACAAGCAUUUUAGGCCAAUUGUAUAUAUACAAUAUAAAUGUGCCAGAAAAUCUUUAAUGUCCCAUUAAAUUUAAGUAUAAUUACUUCAUUGUGUUGUUGUUGCAAUAAUCUGUGUAUAAUCUGCAGUGCAGUGUUAGUGCAAAAAUGUACAAAUUCCUAAUAAAAUCAUGUACAUGAUCUCCUUUCUGAAAAUUCUUAGCUGAAACUGAAUAAAUUUUCACUUAUUUAGUUUAUUAUAAAUGUACAU